CCGCCAACCUUAAAACAAGCAAAACUGGCGUCCUUCCGUCACCCGUUGGUCGUCACCAUGACGAUCGCACCGGCAACACACCACAGCGGCAAACCCCACACUUUGUCCUCGUCCCCAUCUGCCCUCUUUUAUAACCAACUAGUCAACAAUGUUUCGAUACGGUCUGCAACGCACCGCGCAGAGAGCGGCUGGUGUUCGUGGCUUUGCCGCAGAAGCUUCCCACAAACCAGUGCUGCGAUUGCACGGAUUGGCAGCUCGUUAUGCCAAUGCCACGUACGUUGCCGCCUCCAAGGUGGGAUCACUAGAAGCUGUGGAGCAAGAGUUGUUGGCCCUCCAGGAGACUGCAGCGAAAUCUGCCGAGUUUUCCGCCUUUUUGAACAAUCCCUUGAUCCCUCGUAAUCAAAAGGCCGAUGAAAUUGCCAAGAUGACCUCCGGCAAGUUCAGCCUCUUGACCACCAACUUGUUGACCACCUUGGCUGGAAAUGCCCGUUUGAGCGAACUUCCCAAGGUUGCCGCUACCUACGAAAAGUUGAUGCGUGCCAAGCGUGGCGAAGUCGAUGCCAUUCUCAUUACCGCUGAAGAGCUCACUGCCAAGCAAUCCAAGUCGAUUGCUGAUGCCGUCAUGGCGGGACGCUCGGGCGACCAAAAGGUCAUCUUGAAAACCAAGGUGGAUCCAUCCAUCUUGGGUGGAUUUCAGGUCCUAAUUGGAGAUGAAUUCUUGGAUCUGUCCGUCAAGAGUCAGGUCGAGGACAUCUCUCGUAUGCCACUUGCCUAAAGCAUCGAAAGGAAGGAGGAAGUAUAUUUUGGAGCAGGAGAUGGUGGCUUAACUUGAGCAUCCUAAGUAAAGAUUAGGCUUGUUCUUCAAGCAUCGGUUUAGUACCUCCUUCAGUUUCUCGGUUUGUUUCUCUAGCUAGUAGCACUUCAAGUAGUGAUGGUUGUCAAAGUGGU